UGCAGGUGGCGCGUACGUGAGAUAGUGGCUUGCGGUGUGCUGCGUGACCCACCCGCGGAUACUCAUCUUUCGGUCUUCUCCGCGCACUCGCAACCAUGGUCGACAAUUCGAGCCGCAGUUUCAAGGUUGUUUUAUCCAUGCAACGUGAAGGAAACAACAACGGCGACGUUCAUUACAAGGUGGAUGGAACCAGGUUUGGAUCUGAGAGCACAAUUAAACUGAACGUCGAAACGUCCUAUACAUUAACGUUGUGCUUUAGGCCAGCGCAAACAUUAGAGAGCAUCUCACUCUUGGGCUCACGAUACACUCCCAAGGAGAAGUCGCGAGACCACUCCUCUUCAACCUACUUCGUCACAUGGUCCAGCCUUGGUGUGGGUGUCACAAAGCAUGGCAAGCGGGAUAAAAUCCCACUUGCACUGCAGAUUCUCGAUGUUGGUGAGCUCCUGGUCAACCUGCAAGUCAAGUUCUACAAGGAAAAGGACAAAGAACAUGCUACCUGGGGCAAUGCCCUGCACCAGAUUGACCUCGAUUGCGAAGUGAGUCGCUCGUCGGGAAGCCUGGUGGUCAACAAGCAAAGCUUUCGGUAAUGGUCUAUCAACGCCUGCAUGAAGCCUGGAGUGGUACUUUACCAUUGAGCUGUUGUUAGGCUCAUACGACAGCCAUGGCCUGUGGCAGUGCCGGAAUACUGUAGACGUUAUGGGCAGCUGGUGGCUUAUAACACAUAUGGGCCUGCCAUUUCCUCAUUACCCAGCACACAGCAGGGUGUCUCAUCAUCUUGGCAGCCGCAUCGCAGCUGUGGGCCCUAGCCUCUUUGAGAGCUUGUGAGCGAAAUCUGUGCUGAAUGGGCAUGAGUUAAUUGGCCUCGGCUAAUCAAUGUCACUGAAAGUCUCCAGUCUUUCCAAAGAGCUACAUGUCGCUGCUUCACAAAUGUUUGCAGGACAUGAGCUGGCAUGUUUGCACUGGGGAUGUAUCGAGUCUGCAGCCUUAGAUGAAAAGCUGUCAGUGUGUUCAUUCCACUUUUUGUGCACCUUUAGCUUUGUUGUUUCACUUCGAUGACAAGUGAAUGUGGUGAUUUAAUUAGUGCUCUGUCGUUAUUGCUGGAGGUGUUUGGUGUAUAGAUCACUAUUGGUGCUCUUGAACUUCGGGAGGUCUUGUUUGUGCACCCUUUCACGCGUUUUGAAGCCAACUUGCUGAAAGUAGCUAUUAGUCUUUAUAUUACUUGACGGUGUAUUGGUCCCUUCUUAAAUAUGUAUGUGGACAGAUGAUGUCAUUUGAAAUAGAACAAGCUGGCAUUCAUUGCGAUUACCAUUUACUAGCCACUUUAGGUUUCAAGUUAUAAUUGCUAAUUUCGGUUAAUUAGUUUGGCUGGUGAAACAGUCUGAAAUGUUGCACAAGAUAUGCGGUAGCUAUAGAGCAGGAAGGGAAGGACUUUUCUUUAUCGUUUUAUUUUGGACAGUGCAUCAAACAACAUUUUCGUUGACAUUGAUUGCUCUGAGUACCUUAUCAUAUCUUCGUUAUCUUGUAUACGUGUAAUAGAAUAUUAAAGUUAUAUAUAUCUAGUAAUACCUCCUGCUUAGGAAGAUCAACUGGACGUUUAUAGAAGCUGCUAGGUCUUCCAUCUCAAACUCUUGGGAUGCCUAAUGAACAUUGCCAUGAAAUAUCUAGUCAAACAACUGUCACACUGGGGAUGCCUUACCAAAAGCAGACAAACUCAGACGUUGAGGCUCACAUCGUUCUACCCAUUCAGAGAACAAAAGGUCACAGUAGCUAACCAGUGAGUGCCUUGAAUAACAUCACUUUUCUUUACACUCUUCUGCACUGUCUUGCUGUUUAGAGCAAGUGAGUGCAUCAUAGCUAAUGGGGAACUUUAGUUCCCCACUUUCUCCAACUUGCCAUGGGUCGCCUCUUUAUACAAGCGUCUUGUUGACUGCAAGCGUAGUGAGGAAUUUUUCGCAGCAUUGAAAUUGUCUUAGCUGCUGCCAAUUUUGGCUCUUUCGAAAUUGGUGUCACAUAAUGGUACUCCGAAAUCCAUGAUGCCAUGAG